AUGCAGUCUCGAAUCAAGGAUAAAGCUUUUUUGAAAGGCCUGGAUGUGUUCAAUCCAUCGCUACUGCACAACGACGACUACGCCAUCCGCACCGCCCUCGAAGCCUUACAAUGGACUAUCGAUAUCGAAACUGUGUCUACUAUCGUCGAGCACGCAAUGCUGAGCCCCAUUGUGCUUAAAUUUAUUCUUUCUGCCGUCCAGCAGAAGACCUUCUGUUUUCUACGUGACUGGAUAUGCGACCAAUUCCCGACUACGUUAGAAGACUAUGAGCCUAAUCUUCUGGUCAUGCGGCUCCUAGCUCGACUUCAUGCGGCUUUGUUUUCAACAUCAUACCCAGACGAACACGAGCCUGGAAAUCUCGAUUUAUGCAUGCGAGCAGUUGAAUUGGCGCCCCCCGUUCUAGCAACCCUUCCUACCAUAGCGAAUUAUUACGAUUCCAUGAUCCAAGAGGCUUCAGACAAAAAACAAAAUCCUCCGCGAGGUCGAAAAAUGUCCAAGGCGAUGGCUCGGUCAACGAUGACAUUCGAUGAGAAGCCGUUCCGUGAUAUGGAUGUUCGGGUCCCCGUGAGCUCUUUAGCUGCCAAGGAAUUAGCUUCCCAAAUCUUGAGGGACCAGAAGGGUAUUCUUGAGUAUUUUUUCGACAUCAUUCGCCGUCCGCAACUUCUCGACACAUUCAAACAAGCGUAUCUUAGCCAAGCUGCCAGUCCUGACGAGACCUCAAGCCUUCACCCUGUGACGGUCCAGAAUCCGACCUCCAGUGUUGCACGUGAGGAAGAAGCGCUAGACAUCACGAUCGUCACACAGGGCCUCAAAGCUUCGUUGUAUUUCGAGAGUGCUGAAGGAUUUGGCGAAUGGCGUAUCUUUCUAUCGGGCCGUGCUGAGGACGAUUUGCGAAAACGUCGCAGAGGUGAUGCAAGGACGUUUGAGAUUGUUUGGAACAAGCUCAGGGAGCUUUCCAAUGGUCGAUUUUCCGGGGCAACACAGAAACAAAUCACUGUUUCCCAGGCUCCAAUUUCAAUCUAUGAAGUCAGACUUCCCGGAGAUUUGAGGAUUGUGUAUCAAGUCGAUGUCAUUCAAGAAUUCAAUUCCGAUGGCGAUCAUCAAGUUUUGACCAUAUAUGGCCUCUUCAACCACUCUGAAAUUUCUCGCGUGUUCUGGGACAACCUGGCUCAAGUCAAAGCACGACAAUUUGGGAAGACAUACUGCGAUAGGUGCAGUGUAAGAGAUCAUCCUCGUGGCACGGGCGAGGACGUAUAUUUUCCACUUACCUUUCCAGCUACAACUGAAGAAGAAGCCAGCGGUUCUUCAUAUGACAUCCCUGAAAUCGGCCCUCAAGAUUUGGAGGAGCUCCAUUCUUUGUUAGCCCUGGAGAAAUACAUUGCUGCAUCUCAAAGCGUCCUCAACAAUCUCUUGACAGACGAAGCCGUGGCCCACAUCUUCCGCAUCUCGCCUCAAGAACAAAAGGUUGUUGAGCAUACACACUCGUGCUAUGUCUUAGGCAGGAGUGGAACGGGUAAAACGACUACCAUGCUGUUCAAAAUGUUCGGCAUAGAGAGAGCGUGGGUACAGUCAGGUUGUCCCAGCCCUCGACCGCGCCAGGUAUUCGUUACACAGUCUCGUAUCCUAGCGGAAAAAGUCGAGGAAUAUUUCAUCAAGUUUCUAAGAUCGAUUGCAGGAGAAACCAACACACCGCAGCACAUAGGGGACCUCCUUGAGCGAUGGAGAGCACACAGUGACCGAGGCUUGGUUGAUAUUGAAGAAGACGUUAAUUGGCGCGAUGAAUUACCGAAAAGAUUCAGCGAACUUUCAGAUAAACAUUUCCCGUUAUUUAUCACUGUCGAUAUGCUUGCGAAGCUCAUCAACGCUGAUUCACAGCCCGAGGCCGGACUAUUGGAAGCCAACGCACAGAGACGAAUUCAAGGUCAAAACCCGUUGUUUACAAUCAAGCGAGAGGACUUGGUAUCAUAUGAGACGUUCAAGAAUCGGUAUUGGCCACGUUUUCCUCGAUCUCUCAAGAAGGGGUUUGUACCGUGGAUGGUUUUCGGGGAGUUCGUUGGCAAGUUCCUCCGCGAUUUGAUGACCAAAAGAACUGCUGAUCAAGUCUGGACAGGAGUGAUCAAGGGGUCGCAAGAAACCUUGAAGCAUCAAAUGAGGCGUCUUGAUAGGACAGCUUAUGAGAAUAUUAGCACCCGAAAAUAUCCUGCCUUUGUAUCAGCGCGAGAUACAGUGUAUACGUUGUUUGAGCAUUAUUUGAAGAUCAAGAGGGAGCGUGGAGAUUGGGAUGCCGCGGACAGAACCCACAAGGUUCUCAAGGGUAUUCAAGAGAACGGAUUCCCUGGAAAGAAAGUCGACUUUUUAUAUGUUGAUGAAGUUCAGGACAUCCUUCUCAUAGAUGCCUUGUUGCUUCGGUGUGUAUGCAAGAACCCAAAUGGCCUUUUCUGGGCUGGAGACACGGCCCAAACUAUCUCAUUCGGGAGCGCCUUCCGUUUCAACGAUUUGACAUCAUUCUUAUACGAAAUGGAGAAAAAAUCCGCGCGAUCAGUAUCGUUGAAAAAGCCUGUAUUCUUCAAAUUGUUGACUAAUUACCGCUCUCAUGCGGGUAUCGUUAACUGUGCUCAUUCAAUCAUUGAGCUGAUCAAGAACUUCUGGAGUGAUUCGAUUGAUAUUCUGGAUAAGGAGAAAGGCUUGGUAGAUGGGAUCAAGCCUGUCUUUUUCGACGGAUGGGAUGGAUUCGAGUUUUCAAAGUUCUUCUCCAGUUCCGAAAACGAAAUGAUUGAAUUGGGGCAUAAUCAAUGCAUCCUCGUAAGAGAUGCCACUGCUAGAGAAGAGUUGGAGAAGAGGAUUGGAAAUAUAGGCAUGGUUCUGCACGUCCUUCCAGCACUUUUUUCCGUUCUCAUCUACAACUUCUUCGUCGACUCACAAGUUGAUCGGAAUCAAUGGCGGCGGGUCAUCCAGGCCGCCUCCAACGGUUCAGGGUCAACUCAAACGGGCGUUGACAACCUAGGGGUCGGGAAUGAGUUGAAGUUCUUGUACGUUGCGGUCACACGAGCACGCAAAAAUCUGUGGUUCUUGGAUCAGUCCGAUGCCUGCGCGCCCAUGAGGACAUACUGGGCCAACAACAAUCUGGUAGAAGUUCGAAUUCCCGGCACUGAUGAUAUGUCGAGAUUUGCUGUCCGAUCCAAGCCAGAAGAGUGGACGGCCAGAGCAAAGGGGCUUUUCGACCGCCAUCAGUACCAACAAGCCAUCCAUGCUUAUAAGCGUGCUCACAUGGAGCGCGAAGUAUCAGUGGCAUCUGCUUACCAGCUCCGAGUUCAGGCCCAGCAGGCCACCAAAAACCCAACGAAAGCAUUCCUGGAGGCAGCCCGCGCUUUCUUUGCUUGUGGAACCAUUACAUCCAAGCAAAGUGAGAUUCAAGAGUUUUUCCGAAUUUCCGGCGAAUGCUACGUGGAGGGUAAAAAGUAUGACCAGGCAGCGAAAGCAUACGAGAAAGCUUCCCUGUACAAUGAGGCUGCACAUUUCUACCUUUCCGCUCAUAUGCUGGACCAUGCUGUUUCAAUAUUGAAAAAGCACAAAGGCGAGCUCAAUCUGGAACUAGCUGACCGCAUCAAAAUGACUGCUCGUUGUGCCUACCUGAAUGAAGAAAAAUUCGAGGAAGCGGCCGAAUUGUUCGAUGAUGCAGAGGAACAAGAAGAGUUCAUGCAAGAUCUAGAUUUUGGUAUCACCACGGCGCAUUUCUUGGAGAAGAGUGGAAAUGUCAUGAAGGCGGCUCGAAGCUAUGCUGAUGAAGGACAGGUUUUAUAUGCUAUUGAACUACUCCUUCAGGACCAUGCAAACCAAGAAGCGUCGCAGGAAGCUAUGCGACACAUUCUCAGCCGACUGUGGAUGCACUUAUCAUUCGGUGUCCAGCCUAACGAUCUUUCUAUAGCAGUAGAUGUCGAAGUACAAAACCUGCUUGGAUACUUGACACACCUCGACCCUACCCAUCUACAAGACAGCGACGUCCGUGAGGCGGGGGUGUUUAGGGCAAUUUAUGCAUCCGAUAUGACCUUGCUGAAGCAUCUUGCCAUUUGGUAUUGCGAUCGUCCUUCUCUCGAGAAUGCCCCUGCAGCGUUGCUGUGCCUGGACCACCUAUUUGAAGACUUGGGCCAGCUUGAUGUAUCCACGGAGUUGAGGGCUGUCUCGUCUCUGCGACUGUUCUAUGUUUACGCCGACCUCAUGUACCAAAUAAUCAUCGAUAAGCGGCCCUCGACAUUGGACACCAUCCAGAGGCUGUUUUGCUGUCAGUCGACCUCGGACCAGGUAUUCCUUCGACCCCAGACAUAUUUUGGUGAUUUGUUCCUGCGUAUCCAUCCGGAGACUUUGAAUCGAGAACAGGAGACGAUCCCGGUGUCAACCUGGCAGUUUACGCAGCUCUUUCAAAGACAUCUAACUGCGCGACUGCAAGAUAGAAUUUUAGACGAGAUCGCCAAGGGCUCAUACGUGGAAACUUUCAACCCGUGCACGGCUGCUAGCUUCGGGUCUUGUCUUGGACACGAUUGUCGGUUGGCGCACAGCAUGGAUGCCGAGUGGUUCAAUCGAAGGAUCAGAUUCACUUUUCAACAGAUCCUCAUCGUUAAUAUAUUCCAAAAUUUAACGAUUGGUGACUUCCCAACUCGCAUGAAGCAAAGGCGGUUUUGGUUAAGUCGCUUGGACGACGCUCUCAAUCCCCUAUGCUCUGGCCAUGGAUCUGCAUCCAUUGUUCGCAUCGAUCACAUUGCCGAGUCCGAAAUAGCUUUACAAACGGUCAAGUUAUGGAUCCCGGAUGUGUUAUACAAUCUCAAUCCAUCCAGGCUAGAGCUUCAAGCUACUUUCCUCACGAAUUUCAUGAAAGCCACUACGAUCGGGUACUUUGUGGACAAAAGGAUCAUGGACGAAACCCUUAACAAAAUCCCCUGUGUACAUUCCUGGAUACAAAGACACCCUCGGCUACGCAUAGGUCAAGAUCGCUCAGGAUAUGCUCUCCACAGCUUUGUUGGCUUCUCGAAAAGCUUGACUAGCCUAGACCUUACCCGUGGAGCAUCGUUCUUCGCUUUUGUCGUCGACAACCGAGUCAACAUACAUAUUGGCGCCAUGUGUCAUUUACUCGACCGUAUUUGUGGUUUGUUUGCUCUAGCUGGAAAUAUUCAAGAAAGGGCGCUUCACGGCGUGACGCUUCCUCGUGCGUGGGUACUGGAGCUCUGGAAAGACUUCAGAAAUCAGCAGCAUCGAUCCUACAUGAUAGUAGUGAACAGUAUUCCGUCCUUAUUAGAGUGGUUUUACUCGUGGCAGCUUCGUGAAGACUCUCACUUCAAACCUCACAAUCUCGACACUCAGACAGCCAUAGCGCUAUCCAUCGCGAGAAUUUGUAGAGCGAUAUGCCUCCUUGGUUACAACAUUGAGGACGGCGGUCAUCUUCAGGAAUCGAUCCUAAAGGGAAUCACUUCGCUGAGGACACCAGACCGGAAAAGACUAUUUUCACCCAUAUACGAGCCAUUCGUGCGUGCCCAGACGUGGGAUGAUCUCAAGGAAGCCGUCUGGGCUUCUACCGGUCAUUCUGCACUGGAUGAGAUUGUGGAGCUUUACUCGGACAAAGACUUCGAGGACUGGUACACGCCAUCUGGAGUGCGGCGAGUUGUCUUCCACAACAUCGAGGAUAUUCCUUCCCUGUUGGACCCAGAAGCCCAUACUUCACUUCCGACUAUGGCGAAGGCUAAUUCCCAAUUGCUGCGUUUGGGAGCGCAUGCGAAUGGCUCAUCCGAAAUCGAGCACAGCCAGAAUGAUGUGGGAGGUCCUAGCAGCGCGGAAAACGAUCAAGAGGGGGAGGAUACUCGAGCUUUGGACGAUGACGAAUCCUCCCCUGUAGCUAUGCAACGUCGGUCCGCCGCAGUGAAGAUCCAAAGGGCGUAUAGGCGCGUGAUCAAGCGCAGGCGUUACUACCAGGAACAGGCUGCAAGGCGAAAGCACAGUAUGGCAGCUUCUCGCGCGCGUCUGUUCGCAGAUUGUCUGAAAGAAUCACGGGGAAUCGACUGGACGAAGAGAUCGUAUCGCCUAUUGUUCCUCGGCAUCCUUCCGCAUCUCCUAAUCUGUUUGGAAUGGACGUUGGAGACAGCCCGCGUCAACAAGGCUGACGCGACCCGAAGCCGCAAGAAGGGCGCUUCAUACGACAAGUUAUAUGAAUUGAUUCUUUGCCAGAAGGAUAUGAACCGCAUCUCAAACGAUGCAAAGAAGCUCCUCAAACUUUUGGAGCCGAAGUCACCUUUUCAUCGUCUUUUUGAUGAAAAGGAGCUGCAAGAAUGUGCCGAGAAGGCGAAGAAAUUGAUAGACGAGCUCCCGCAGCGGAUACAGGUGGAGGAAGAUAUCAAUUUGGUGAUCAAGGGAACGUCUUUGAGGAAAGCGAAGAGGAGGCCUCUGUUGAACCUCGAAGAUUUGUAGGAUACGACUACCAACGGAGCUUAGCGAAGCCUGUAUACUGUCUGCAGUCAUGAUUGAUUUGUUUCUG